AUGGCGACCGAAGUCCAAACCUUCUACACCCCUUCCGCCACGGCGCACAUCUCCUCCCAUGCUCCGGCCGCCGUCGACGAGCUCAUCAGCAAGUAUUCAUCCACAAUGGCGACUGCUUCGAGCAAACACUCGGCAAGCCACCUGACGCUGAAGAAUCCCCGUCGCAACAUCCUGCAACGUAUUGUCGAUCAUAUUCAACUGGGAUAUUACCGCUAUGAGGUCACUUUCGGACUGUAUGUGAUGACACCAGGCGAAAAGCUCGUCGCCAACACUUUCGUCAUUGUGGUGCUCUCUCUUCUCUUCUGGGCGUUGGUGCUCUACUUCCCGUCUUUGCUGUACCAGAAGCUGAGCCGCCUGGUGUGGCUGCUCACCGGCCAUAGCGGUGAAGAGAUGGGCGCUGCUUUCGGCAUUCUCGAUGCGCAUGUCAGCCCUGCGUCUUCGGCGUUCUCCGCCUCCGGGAGUCCGUCGUCAUGA